GACAGUCAGCAAAGCCUGGGAGAGCUCCAGCUCCUCCCUCCCUGCUCUGCUCAGCUUUACUCUCCUCCUUGGUUCCCUUGGAGUACCUUGUGCCCCAGCAGUGCUGUCCUGGCCCUGGCAUCCUGAGGUCCUCCCGUGGCGAGGACUUAAGUGGACAGCAGGAGUGGGUGGAGAGAGGGAGGGAGAGUUUGCCCUGCAGGCUCUCUGGAUGCAGAAGCCAGACUCGCUGCAGAGGCAGCUGUGCUGUUCCCGGAGCCUGGCUUUGGGGGUGCAUCCGUCGCUCAGGGUUCACCCAGGCAGGCUCCAAGUUCCUGGGGUGCAUAAGGUGGGUGCUGUCCCUUCUGGGUGCUGACAGCAGAGCCUGGCUCCCCUCCACCACCAUGAGCGGCUGCUCCAAAAGAUGCAAGCUCGGGUUCGUGAAAUUUGCCCAGACCAUCUUUAAGCUCAUCACUGGGACCCUCAGCAAAGAUAAGAUUGAAGAUGAGCUGGAGAUGACCAUGGUUUGCCAUCGGCCCGAGGGACUGGAGCAGCUUGAGGCCCAGACCAACUUCACCAAGAGGGAGCUGCAGGUCCUUUAUCGAGGCUUCAAAAACGAGUGCCCCAGUGGUGUGGUUAAUGAAGACACAUUCAAGCAGAUCUAUGCUCAGUUUUUCCCUCAUGGAGAUGCCAGCACGUAUGCCCAUUACCUCUUCAAUGCCUUCGACACCACUCAGACAGGCUCCGUGAAGUUCGAGGACUUUGUAACCGCUCUGUCGAUUUUACUGAGAGGAACUGUCCACGAGAAACUAAGGUGGACAUUUAAUUUGUAUGACAUCAAUAAGGAUGGAUAUAUUAACAAAGAGGAGAUGAUGGACAUUGUCAAGGCCAUCUAUGACAUGAUGGGGAAAUACACAUAUCCUGUGCUCAAAGAGGACACUCCAAGGCAGCAUGUGGACGUCUUCUUCCAGAAAAUGGACAAAAAUAAAGAUGGCAUCGUAACUUUAGAUGAAUUUCUUGAAUCAUGUCAGGAGGAUGACAACAUCAUGAGGUCUCUCCAGCUGUUUCAAAAUGUCAUGUAACUGGUGACACUCAGCCAUUCAGUUCUCAGAGACAUUGUACUAAACAACCACCUUAACACCCUGAUCUGCCCUCGUUCUGAUUUUACACACCAACUCUUGGGACAGAAACACCUUUCACACUUUGGAAGAAUUCUCUGCUGAAGACUUUCUAUGGAACCCAGCAUUAUGUGGCUCAGUCUCUGAUUGCCACCUCUUCCUCCUUCUUCUUCUUGAGAGAGACAAGAUGAAAUUUGAGUUUGUUUUGGAAGCAUGCUCAUCUUCUCACACUACUGCCCUAUGGAAGGUCCCUCUGCUUGAGCUUAAACAGUAGUGCACAAAAUAUUCUGCUUACAUGCCCCCAGCCCACUGCCUCCAAGUCAGGCAAACUUUGGUGAAUCUGGAAGCAAGAGGACCUGAGCCAGAUGCACACCAUCAUCUGAUGGCCUCCCAAACCAAUGUGCCUGUUUCUCUUCCUUUGGUGGGAAGAAUGAGAGUUAUCCAGAACAAUUAGGACCUGUCAUAACCAGAUUGGGAGAGCCAGCACCUAAUAUAUGUGGGAUAGGACUGAAUUAUUAAGCGUGGCAUUUUCUGAUGACCCAAACUGCCCAUGUCAUUUGUUUCCAGAAACGAGGACCAAUAAUUCUCUCACACUGGCAUUUGUGCUGGUAGUGCAAGUCCUUUAAUAUGUCUAGGAAGUGAGCCAUUGCCCAGUGGUCCAUAUCUCCACCACAUCCCCUGCUUGAGCCCAGCGCUGCAUGUCCCUCCCGAGAAGUCCAGAAUGCCUGCAAAUUGCUGUAAUUUUAUACCAUGUUCUAACCAAUAAACAGAACUAUUUCUUACACUCUCAA